UCAACAGAAUAUAUCGCAGACAAGGCUUUAAUGUCACCGGAGAAUCUUAUGAUACCAAUGGAAUAUCAUCAAUAUCACUACAACCCCGAUGAUCAUAAUCCGCCGCCGCCGCCGCAUCACCACCACCAGCAGACGACGAUGUUUGGAUCAUCGGGGUUCCAAUAUUACAGCUCUGCAGUAACAUCUCAAGUAGAUCAAGAAUCAGUUUCCAUCAAUAAUAAUAAUAAUCAAGAUGAUGACGUGGCAUCCUUGAUGAAGGCCAAGAUCGCCUCACACCCUUCCUUCCCAAAACUCCUCCAUGCCUAUAUUGAUUGCCAAAAGUUUGGAGCACCGCCGGAGAUAGUGUAUAUGCUGGAUGAAAUCAUGAUGAUGAGAGAGAAACAACAUCAGUACGCCGCCGUUUCAUCCAUUCGCUUAGGAGUCGAUCCUCAACUCGACCACUUCAUGGAAAGCUAUUGUGAGAUACUGGUAAAGUACAAAUCUGACCUAUCAAGGCCCUUUGAUGAAGCUACUUCCUUCCUCCACAAACUCCACUCCCAACUCCUGCAUCUUUGCAACGUAGACGACGUUUCACCGUGGUCGGACGAGGAGUUGAGCAAAGAAGUCGAUACAGACAACAUAGAAAAUGGAGAACUAACAACGAAAAGUAGCGAAGAAGGACAGCUAAAAGAGAAGCUCGUACGUAUGUACGGCAGCCACAUCAGCAGCCUGAAACACGAAUUUUCGAAGAAGAAGAAGAAAGGUAAACUACCAAAGGAGGCAAGGCAAACUCUUCUCCAAUGGUGGAAUUUGCACUGCAAAUGGCCUUAUCCCACGGAAUGUGAUAAAAUAGCACUAGCUGAAUCGACGGGGCUCGACCAGAAGCAAAUAAACAACUGGUUCAUAAAUCAACGGAAACGCCACUGGAAAUCGCCCGAGAAUAUGCAGUUGGCUGUUUUCGAUAAUCUCUCACCACAUUUCUUCUUACAAGACUGAUCUUCGAUAAUCUCCCGUAUUUAAUAUUUUUGCCCGUUGUUCUGUUUCUUGUCUUUAUUUGCAUUACGAAACCGAUACUAUAUAGUAGAACGGAUCGGUACUUUUUUAAAAUCGAAAA